AUGACGCUUUGUUUGAAUAGUAGUCACCGAAGCCAUGGCGUCGAGCCCUCUCUAGCUUGCUCAGUCUUUCAUUCUGCAUCACCAGCCACUUAUCCUUACUCUCCGACACCAGUACAAGCUAACCUGUUUCCUGCAGCAUCUUUAUAUCGUUCUGGAGGAGACAGAUGUAUUCAGAGUGGAAGCAAUUGCAGCACACUACAUCCAUCGGAGUCAUCUAUCUCACGCCCUGAGUUAUUCUUGCUGACGCAGAACUCAGCAGACUAUGAGGCUAAUUUUGAACUAUGCGCGGUACCUACAUCGGCUACUAUAGGUGGAACUUCAGGUUCUCUAGAAACUAAAAUCAAUUCUAAUAGACUUCAUGGUGAUCACAACGUACAGACUCCAGUUGGGAUUGGAGAGAUUAAUAGAGUAUGUCUGGAAAAGUUGCCACAUAUUGGAAUUAAAGUGGAAUGUGGCGAAAGUGAUGCUAGUUGCGAUGAAAAAGAUGGGUAUGCACUUUCUCAUAAGGAUUCACAAUAUCGAGAGCAACAGAAGUCUUCAAUGCACUUUUCUCCUUCAACUGCAAAUGACUUCUAUGAGAGGAAACUAGGCGGCGCCAAGCUGGUGAAUCUGAUUCCAAUGGGCGAGGUGAGUAAAUAUGUAUUUACAUGUUUAGUAAAUCAGAACAAUAUUCACCAUUGA